CGGAGAUAUUAUAGCAAAUAAGUUUGGUUCGUCUCAAAAGCAUAAGAGAUCAAGAUUCAAAUUCAUGAAAACCACAAAGCGAAUUAAGAAGUCAAAAAUUUGCUACUCUAAAGUCUAGAGUCCCUAGAUUCGUCGGUGUGGCAAUGUCGCAAACAAGCUCUCUAUCUGAUUCAAGCAAUCUCACCAUGACAGGAAUCACAGAUUUCCAAAGAAAAGUCUACACUCUUCUCCUCCAGAUUCCUGCAGGGAAAGUCUCCUCUUACGCCUCUCUUGCCAAAGCUCUCUCAACUGCUCCUCGAGCCGUUGGAGGGGCUUUGAGACGAAAUCCUUAUGCUCCGCAGGUUCCGUGUCAUCGCAUUAUCUGUGCUGAUGGGGCAAUCGGGGGAUUCAAGGGCGAAGCGCAGAAUGCCCCGUCGGGCAUUAAUCAAAGUGAAAAGUUGGAAUUAUUGAAGAGUGAGGGAGUUGAGUUUGAUGAGAAUGGCCAAUUAAAAGAUAAAGAAAGGUGGUGGGAUGAGUUCCGUGUUUGAGUGUCACCAUAGUAUGCGCAAAAUAAUCUUCAAAACAAGGAAAGAAAAUGGAGAAGUACUUGAGGGCUAAAUGCCAUAAUAAUCAUGAUCCGA